AUGUCUCCCAUCCCAAUUUUGAUUUCAAAGAUUAUGGAGGAUUGUGGAGUUGUGAUUCACUCAAGCAACACUUAUUUCACUCUUAUGAAUCCAAUUUAUAGUGGGACAAUAAAAAAGAGAUUGGGGCAAAGGAAGAAGAAGAAAACUCACCAGCCAAAAGUUGAUAUCGAGAAUGAAGUUGAAGUUGAGGAUGAGGAUGAAGAUGAAGCCCCAACCAAGGAUGUCCCAAAUUCUUCAACAGCUAGUCUUCCUCCAUUCAAUGAUCUUCCUCCAAUGACUAUAUUUGCACAUUUGCUGGUACGAUUGGGGAGAAAGAUGGAUGAAUUUGGAAAUACUAAAAAUGAAAUAAAGGAGUCUCUGAAGUAG